AUGGCCCGGCGCCAAGACACCUUCGACCUGCGCGCCCAGCUCCAAUACGCCGACUCAGACGACCAGACCCACCUCGGCCAAAUCCAGCACACAGUCGCCUACUCCGACGACGACCCGUCCGAAGACAUGCUCGAAGACGCGCAGCACAGCAUGAUCGAGGACGACAGCGACGCCGAGAACGACGCCGACGAGCGCUUCAGCGACGAAGACGACCGCUCGUCCUCGCUCUCCAUCCCCAACGAGUCGAUAGACUUUGACCUGGUGUACAGUCUGCACAGCUUCGCGGCGACGGUCGAGGGCCAGGCGAGCGUGGUCAAGGGCGACAGUCUGGUGCUCAUGGACGACACGAACAGCUAUUGGUGGCUCGUUAGGGUGCUCAAGACGCAGGAGAUCGGGUAUAUACCGGCGGAGAAUAUCGAGACGCCGUUUGAGCGGCUUGCGAGGCUCAAUAAGCAUCGUAACGUCGACCUUGCGAGCGCAACCCAAGCCGAAAUGCAAUCCGGCCUGCAAGACUCGCGCGACCGCUUCCUCUCCGCCCGCACAACGGGCGCCUCCCCCUCCCAGUCGCCCUCCUCCCCCACGCCCUCCUCCACCCGGCGCAACAGAACGCGCUCCGUCAUCUUCGACCGCAGCGCCUACUUCUCGCGCUACCCGCCCGCGAUCUGGCGCGACCUGGACGAGGCGGACGAGGACUACGAGACGGACGGCGAGGACGAGUGGGAGGUCGGGCAGUACGCGCAGGAGCGGCUCGUCCACCCCGGCGACGGCGACGACGGGUUUGGACCUGGUGGACUUGGAGGUGGAAAUGGGGGUGGGAUGGGAGGUCAUGCGGGCGAGUGGGACGUGGGGGGAGACGGGCGCGGCGAGAUGGAUAUGAGCGAUGCGGAGUGGGAGGACGCGGGCGAGGAGGAGAGAAGGGCCGAGGCGCAGGAGAAGAUCGUCGAGGCGGAGAGGAUGCAGGCGCAGCGCCAGGCGCAGAUUGAGGAACAGCGCCGGCAACAACAAGCCCAAAUUCAGGCGCAACAGGCCACCGCCAUCGCCCAAGCCCAAGCCCAAGCUCAAGCCCAACAACAAACCCAAGUCCGCCGCGAGCAGAUCGCCGACUCGCCCACGCGCACGCUCACUCUCGACCCCGCGACCGCGCCGGAGCGCAAGAUCAGCGCCACGCCCUCCAUCGCCCAAGAAUCCCCCACCUCUCAAGGACAGGCGCAGGGGCCGCUGCUGCCGAGCGCGAUCAUGGCGCGCCAGGAGGACGACCGCAAGCGCACGCGCGAGGAGAUCGAGGCGCUCGAAGACGCCGCGCGCAAGAAGGCGCGCGCCGCCCAGCCCACCGCGCAAUCCCAAUCCCAAUCCGCCCUCUCCACCUCUCAAUCCCCCGCGCCGCUCAGCCCGCAGCCCGGCCAACACCAACCCCGCGGGCCCGCAAAGCUCACGAAAGAGCGCCCGAGCGCGAGCAGCGACGACGAGGGCGGUAAACGCGGCAAGAGCACGGGGUUGUUGUCCAAGUUCUUUGGCGGACGGAAGGACCGGGAUAAGCAUAAGGAUAAGGGCAGUAACAACUCCAUCUCCGAGUCGGCCGACGGGCACGGGCACCAGUCGAGCCUUGCGCGGCCGAGCGAUGAUUCGGGAUCGGGGAGGAGCGGAAGUGUGCAGAGUCAUACGCCGACGCCGACGCAGGGCGGGAUCAUGGGCGGUCUUGGCGUCGGCGGCGGAAUUGGCGGCGGUAUUGGAGGGGGUGUAUUGAGGAAUAGAGACCAGGAGCAGAUGGCGCUCUACCAGCAGUACCUCAACCGCAGCCCCGCCUCGCCGCCCGAAGUCCAGCCUUCUUACGGCUUGAUGAGCGCCGGUAUGCUCGGCAGCAGCACGAGCUCGUCGUCUAUGCUCUCUCCCGCGUCUGCCGAGAACCCCGCCGGCGGCGUCGGAGGAGCAGGCGCAGGAGGACGCAAACCGCGCCCGGGCUCGUUACUGAUAGGACCCGGCGCGCUCGACGGCCCGCCCGUCCCCGAGCUCUCCGUAAUCCGCGUCUUCGCCGGCACCAAGCUCGGCACCGAAGCGACGUUCAAAACGGUGCUGCUCAACGCCUCCACGACCUCUUCGGAACUCAUCCGCCAGGCGAUGCAGCGCUUCCGCCUGCCGUCCGCCGAGGACCCGUCGCUCUACUACCUCACGAUCAAACAGAUCGACCGCGGCGAGGGCGUGGUGUUGCAAGGACAUGAACAUCCGUUAGGUGUGUUUGAGGGCUUGGUGGAGCGGGCCGUCGCGGAGGAUAUGCCGCGGGUGAAGCGGAGCAGCGUGGGGAGUAUAUCAAGUAUUGCGAGUAAUCUGAGUAUGCACCCGGCGAUUCGCAAGUUGGGCAUGAACGAUUUCACGGACGACUCGGCUGUCAAGUUUUAUCUCAAUCGCCGGCCGAGGGGGGACGGGGAGGAGAGCGUGCGGAGCGAGGAGGGCGAUACGACGAUUACGGCUGAGAGCGUUUUGGACGAGUCGAUCGGCUCGAUCUCAGGAGGAGGACUGGGUGGUGGGGGAGGGGCGGGGCAGAUGCUGAGUCUGCUCAUCUACCCGUCCGAUCUGCCGGACGACAUGGUGUUCGACCCCGUCACGGAGGCCAUCGUGUUCAAGCACACCCUCCGCGAGCGCCCCCCUCCUCAAGGGGGUGUUAACGCGGGGACUGGAAAUGGGAGCGCGUUCAGGCGGAAGGUGUUCCUGUUCCCGAAGAACAUCACCGUCGCAGAGGUCAUCGAGAUCGGGCUGGAGCGUUUCGGGAUCAGCGAGGGCGUUGUAGAUGGGGGGGAUGAGGUCGAGGAUAAGAGCACCAAGCGGCGGAGCUCGAGUCGGGUGCGGUACGUUCUGAAGGUGUCGAUCGACGGCAAAGAGAGAGAACUCCCAAUGUCCUCAAAACUCACCGACGCCUACCCGCGCCCACCAUCCUACAAGCCCCCCGCCUCCCUCUCCUCCCAAUCCAAGCGGCGCAGCGUAGACAGCAUGCAGAUCCUCGGCUCCCCGGACGACGUGCCCGCGUCCGACCCCGUCUUCGUCCUGCGCCGCGCGACGACGUACCGCCCGUCGACGGCAAGGCACCCCGCGCCGCUCGACGACGUCGCGCUGCACCAUCUGCACCGGAACCGCGAUUCCGCGUCGAGUUCUACGUCCAGCGCGAGCGGUGGCGGCAACGGCAGCGGCAGCGGCAGCGCGGGUGGCGGGCAACAACUCAGUCGUGCGGAGCUGAUCGCGGCGCAACGCGAGGCGCAGCGCGCGUCCCAGCGCGCGAUGCUCGGCCCACAAGCGAACGCCUCGCGCGGGACCGACGUGCGUCUCCCCGGCGGCGCCCUACUGCGCUCGACGCGCGCCACGCCCGACGCGCGCGUGCGCUACGCGUACGUCCCGCCGGGCAACGGGAGUACCAACGGGGGGCCUAUGGACGUCACGGAUAUCGUCGAAGAGGAGUAUGCACCUGGGAGUGGAGGUGGGGGAGGGGGG